AUGUAUUACCGAUUGUUUUCUCAACAGCUGGUAACCAAACACAAUUUUUAUCGCAAUAAACAUGGUGUUGCACCACUGAAACCAAGCAGUGAGUUGGAAAAAUCAGCGCAAAUCUGGGCUCAGCAGUUGGCUAACGAAGCAAUUUGCCUGGAACACGAUCCAUCAAAAAGGUUUGGUGAAAAUUUAUUCUAUUAUGCUACCGAUUUACUGCCAGACGAAAAGACAAUGGCACACAUGACUGUACAAAGCUUUUAUCUUGAAGCACGUGGAUAUAAUUACAAAACGCAUCAUCAUCUGGAUUACCACAAAGCAGGCCAUUUCACGCAGCUAGUAUGGAAGUCGACAACUCACCUCGGUAUCGGCGUUACAAUGCGCUCCUUCGAUGGACACCGCACAAACAGCUGUCAUCCAAAUUUUCCAUCCACGAUGAUUUAUGUGGUAGUGAAAUAUGAUCCACCCGGGAACAUCCUUUCGUUGGAGCACUACAGUGCAAACGUCUUGCCACCAAUGCAGUAA